UGUGUGUGUGUGUGUGUGUGUGUGUCAGGGUCAGUCAGUCAAGCGGUGUUAUCGAAGACCUUCACAACGCUAUACAACGAAAGAACAACAAUAAUCAGACGACGAAGCUGGGAUGAGCGUAUAGUGAUCGUGACUAGAAGCGGCGAUAGUGAUGCUGGCGAAGAUAAAAAAGACAAACAGCUGUGACGUAGAAGUGGUGGACGUUGUGGUUGUGGUUACGCGGGGGAAGCACUAGGGCAGGAUGGGCUGAGUGACCGAGUGAAUGCCCGUCGCUUGAGACUGGACGUGUAGCCUAAUACCGACGCCUUUUAAGCAGUGGUGAAAAACAAGUGAAAAGCAACCCAGUGUAGUCUAGUCCUGGAGAUGGUGUUAUGCAGGUAGGAUGAUAUGUCGCUGAUGUUGCGGAAUAGACUUGUAGUGAUUGUGACGUGAAGUUGAUGAUGGUGGAGGAGAGAAGAGUAUCAAAACACCUCUCCACCCGAAACCGACCUCUCCUCAGGCCUCUCAUUCCGUUUUCUUUCCAUGGAGGAGCAUUUCGCAAGCCUUUUUCUUCCUAUUGUUGUGUUUUGCCCUUGAGCUGCCUCCCUUGUUGUUAAAAUAAGUAACUGUGGUGUAGAAGUGGUGGGAGUGUUCAGCUGACGGAGACCUCGGCGGCAGGAUGGGGUGUAGCUUCAGUAGAGCCAACGGGUGCUACUCCUUAACGUGUUGCUGCUGUCUGGAGGUGGACGAGGCGUGUUCCUGGGUCGCCGCCAUUGGUCUGGUGUGGGGUGGCGUGGCAACCCUGGUGGACUUCAUAUCAGCCAACCUUCCGGAACAACACUGCCUCGGCUGCCUCGACCACGACCUUUACGUCCAGCUGAGCGUGGCUGCGGGCUGCAUCAACGCCGUGCAGUGGCUGGCCAGCGUCCUGCUUCUGAUUGGUGCUAAGCUGAACAACCGGUGGCUGCUGCCGCCGUGGCUGGCAUGGGGCGCGGUGAGCCUGGCCAUGCACGGCGUGUGGCUGGCCCUAACGCUGCCCCGCGCGCCCUCCGUCCGCGCCGCCGCCUCGCUCUUCCAGCUGGCGUGGGGCGUACACUUCCUCAUCGUGGUCAAGACGCAGUACACGAAGCUGGCCCUGACCUUCACCCUGGCCGAGAAGGCGCCGUCCACCGUGCCCCCGAACACCCCCGUUAGGAAACACAAGAGGCGGUGGCGGCGGCUGCACCCUGCCUGCCAGCCCCCCAUCAGGACCCUGGUGGGCGCCGCUCUGAGGCUGCAGCGCGCCCUCCAACACGCGAAGAAGGUCAAAGAGUUACUGAGCGAGGAGGAAAGUGAGCAGGAGGAGGAGGAGGAGGAAAAUGAAGAUGAAGAAAUAGAGAUGCGUGUAAUAGUAGAGAGUCACGGAGGUUUCGAUGUGAAGGGAGAUGAAGAAACCUGCAGUCGAAGAAGAAGCGGAUGGAGGGCGGAUGGGGAAUGGAAGGCAGACGGAGGCAGAGGAGAACAAGACGUAUGGGAGGUCAUUGUUCACUCUCCGCAUCGUGACGUCAGAGGAAGGGUUGAGGAGACGAGACCUGCUGAAGAUAAAGACUACGAGGACGAGGACGAUAAGCAACACGAUGACGACGAGGAGGACGGGAAAGAAGUGGGCGAGGAUGAGGAGAAGAAGGACGAGGAGGAGAAGAAGGACGAGGAGGACAAGAACGAGGAAGAGGGAAAGUUAACCAAAGUGGAGGCGAAUGAUGAAGAAGAUAAGGACGUGGACAAGAGAGACAAGACAAACGGAGACGAGGAAGGAGAUAGCAGUGAAGGAGAGUGCCAGGCGAUGCUACGAGAUCACGGAGAGUCAUUGGCAGUGCUGUGGCGAGCCUCGAACACUUCCCCUACGAACUGAAACGCAUGCAAUCCCUGAGUCUUUAUGCCCACACUAAAAAUGCCCCUCUUGUGUCUUCCAGCCCUUCUGCUUAACCCAUAAACACAACAUCAUAUCA